AUCUCAAUGGACAAUCCAUCCCCUUUUCUCUCUCUCACACAAACACACCCACAUUUCUCCCAACUAAUUCACUUAAUUUAAUCCUACAUAGACCACCUACAUUAUAUUACACACCCACUAUUUUUGAUUCCAUAAAUUAAAUACAUAUUCUCUCCUCCACUUCCAAGCAAGCAACUUUCCCCCUUUUUAGUUUCUUGAUUUCUGUUGCUAAUUGCCAUCAUUGCAAUUUCAUUUCAUUUUCAUCCAAAUGGGUGUCUCCCAAACCACUUCAACCCCACACCCACACCCACACCCACUUCCAAAUUCUCAAUCUUUAACCACAACAACCUUAAACUUUGAAGAUGAUGAUGAAAUCUACCACUUCAACGAAGAAGUUGUCCCCAAAUUCAACAACUUUUUCCACAAAAUCAUAUGGGGUUUUGGGCUUUCUUGCUUUUUCCCAACAGUUAACAAGAAAGAUGAGUCAAAAACCAAAAUGGUGAACAAUCUUGAACACAAUAAGGCUUGGCUUCUUGCAGAGUCUGGUGGGUGUGUUGCAGAAUUUGGGAAUGGUGAACCGCACUCUGUGCAUUCUUCUUUUAGGUUUAGUUUGUGUUCGCAAGUUGAGCUUGAGUCUUUGAGUGUUGGCUCUUCAAGUUCUACUGUUUUGAUGGUGAAUUUGGAUAAUGGGUUGAUUGAACCAAGAUCUCAGGAGUUGAAGUGGAGGAGGAUUGAGAGUUUGGAGAGGAGUAUUUCGCCUGUGGUUCAUACCCUUGUUAGAUUCAGUUUUGCUGAAAUUGUUUCUGCCACAAGAAAUUUCUCCAAAGGGAGGGUAUUGGGAAGAGGUGCAUUGAGCUAUGUGUUCAAGGGAAGAAUUGGGAUCUUAAGAACUACAGUAGCAAUCAAGAAACUGGACAAAGAGGAUAAAGAGGCCCCAAAGGCUUUUUGUCGAGAAUUAAUGAUAGCGAGUUCUCUUCAUAACCAGUUUAUUUGUCCGCUGGUCGGGUUUUGUAUUGAUGCAGAAGGCGGGUUGUUCUUAGUUUACAAGUAUGUUUCAGGUGGAAGCUUAGAACGGUAUCUACGCGAAACAAGAACCGCUAAAAAUGGCGGAUCAAAGCUUCCGUGGUCAGUAAGGUAUAAGAUCGCUAUUGGGGUCGCUGAAGCUGUGAGGUAUUUGCAUAAUGGGACCGAAAGAUGUGUGGUUCAUAGAGAUAUUAAGCCUUCAAACAUCCUUCUUUCUUCAAGAAAAUCACCUAAGUUAUGUGAUUUUGGAUUAGCUACGUGGACUUCUGCUCCUUCGGUUCCGUUUUUGUGCAAAACUGUGAAAGGGACAUUCGGGUAUUUGGCUCCGGAAUAUUUCCAACAUGGGAAAGUGUCGGAUAAAACCGAUGUUUAUGCGUUUGGGGUGGUUCUUUUGGAGUUGAUAACAGGACGUAAGCCGAUUGAAUCAAGAAGAGGAGCCGGAGAAGAGAACUUGGUUUUGUGGGCGAAACCGUUAUUACAACAAGGAUCUAUACCGGAACUACUGGAUCGCCGCAUCAAAUUCACUCAAAGAAACUUAGACCAAAUUGCGAGGAUGAUAAAAGCAGCACACGCGUGUAUACACAACGAAGAAUCAAAAAGACCAAACAUGGAUGCAAUACUUUCUAUCCUUAAAGGAGUCGAAGCAAAUCCAAGAUUAAGGAAAACACCAGCCGCGACCCCUUUAUCUUCUUACAACUAUGCUACCGAAGGUUAUCCUCAGAUUCAACAAACAAAGAAUGAAUUGAAUUCGCAUUUAGCUUUGGCAAUGCUAGGCGUUACAGAGUUUGAAGAUGAUCAUGAUCAUUUGUACUGUCGAUGAUCGCGGUUGUAGAACGAAAAUCAUCCUUUUUGAAGGUGCAAGUUUGGUUGAAGUUAACAAGAGUACAGAAAAUGAGGAUUUGAAAAGGGUUGAUAGAGAGUUUGUAUAUAGAUCUUGUAGUUGAAUCAUGGUAAAAAAAAAAAAAAAAAAAAAAAAAAAAAAAAAGACUAAUUUACAUGUAUGCAAAUUGAGAUCAUCUUGGUCAUGCCUUUUAUUUGACAGGCUUACUAUGGCAAUUUUUUAUUUUUAUUUUAUUUUAUUUUCUUUUUGUUGUUCUCUUGUGAAAUUGACAGGCUUACUAUGGCAAUUUUUUAUUUUAUUU